AUGGCAAGCUCGCCCAACUACAGUGCUGGCGUCAACGUAGACAAACUAUUUCCGUAUUCUGAAGUGCCUUACAUCGGACCAUAUAAACUGAUGAAAAUACCACAAGAUUCUUUAUUCAUUGACCUAGUAGACUAUUGGGGCGAAGGUAAAAUAAAAAGUGCGGAAGGUGUCAGCGGCUUUACAGACUGUUACAAUGUCAAUCAUUCUCACCAAUGUGUCAGCACCGGUCCAGAUCGGAACAAGAAAAUCCCUAAUCGCAUACCAGUUGAAAGUUACACAAUUUGCGACACCUCAAGCUAUAUAAAAGAGAAUUCUGUACGUACAGUCACUCUUAUGGGAGCCCCAAUCAACAGAAGCAGCGCCAAAGAUAUCGUCCGUAUGGUGAACAAGACUGAAGGCAAAAUUGUAAUAUUUGGAUUAAAAAGAGCCUCAUCUGAUAUCGGAAAUCUUGAGAAAGAACUCGAAAUUUUCAAUUUCAUAUACUGCCCUGAAUAUGUCUUACCACAUCAACUUAACUGUAUCACAUUAUACGACUCCGUUAAAAACCCUUCUAUGAUGAAGGAACGUCUCCGGCAAUAUAUUAUUUCUGGUGCUUACGACUCUGCUGUUGAUCAUAGCAAAACCUUAGCUUUGAGCAGCUACUCUGAUAUAAUUUCUGAAGUCACCAAUCAGUUGCUAGAGGAGAACAAUAAAAAUGUGCUGAAUCUGGCCUUUAAGCUUUGGAACGGCGAUGCUCAAAGCGUGCUAAUUAAGCACUUCCCUUGCGUAUUCCAAGCUAUAUUCAGUGAAGAUUUUAUAACGAUCACCAAUAAGAAGUAUUCAUUGGCUUUAAAAUUAGACGUGAACCUGGAUGGAAACAGCGACAGAAUGGCUUGGGGAGAUAAUAAUGAUAAAUCCAGUAAACGUGUCAUUUGGAAAUUGAUUCCCGAUUGGAAAAACAAUCGAGUGAUUUUCAAAUUGCUCAACCAUGAUUGCGGCAUGUUCUUGAAAUUGGCGUUAGGUAAAAGUAACGGAAAUGACAGAGAAGCUUGGGGUUCUUACUGGUGUCCGGACCUUCGCCAUAUGUGGUAUUUGGACCCUGUAGUUUUGAAAGGUGAGCUGUUGUUUUUCAUUAUUAAUGGUGAAUACGCAAUGGGAUUGAAGCUGGCGGAGAGCAAGGAUGACUACGGUGACCGGCAACUGUGGGGACACAGUACUGACAUACACGGAGACGCUGGCUGCUUCGGCUGGUAUAUCAAUUCAACAACUAAAUAAUUACGAAUAUUGCUGUAUUACACUUAAUGUAUAACAAAAUAUGACAAUUAUAUUAAUAAGUACAUUAAAAUGCUUGUUUUAUUAAAAGGUGUUUAUUAAAAUUUAACACUAUACAUUAUUUACAACAUAGGCCCCUUUAGCAAAACAAUAAUAAAGUGUUUAAACCAUGGUUACUCAACGGUUAGUAAGUAUCGUGUGUUUAUUAUAUUCUGCAAAUUGUAAGUUUAAGUUACAAUAAUAUGCAUAAUAGUUUAAAUAAAAAAUCAAUUUUUACGAUGAAAAAUCUUACUAAGAAAAUGUUUUAUUAAUUGCAGGUUAAAAUAUUCGUCAAUCAUCUCCUCCAAAAUAAGAUUAAAUAAUACUAUGAUAAUAAAAGAUACGAUUAAUAUUGUUUCGUAUUAAAAAGAAAAACUUUGAAUUACGAAUAAAUAUAAUAAAUAAAAUAUUAUACAUUUCAUCUACCUAGUCUAGCCAUAAAUUCUGUUACAUACAUUAAAAAAAACAUUAAUUUGAAUUUCGAACAUACUACGUGUAUACCAAGCGUAGUGAUGUACACAAACUUAACACUAGAAAUAAAAACAAGCUAGUAAUGCCUUUUUUCAGGUUACAGAAGUAAUGUAUUAGGUUCAUUCAUGGGUCAAGUUAUACAGUACUUU